CCUUCCUUGACUUUCGCCUCGACUCUCGAGGCUGCCUCAGUCCGGUCCCGCGCGCUGUGGCGUCGGAGGAAGAGCAAAGCCAGAGGGAGCGGGGCGCGAGGGGAAAGAAGGAGGAAAGUGAGGAGGAGGGCUUCCUGGCCGAGAUGGGAGAGGAGAAGAGCUGACGGAGGAGGGGCCGGAGAAGCCCUGAAGGCAGAGGAAGCGGGAAAGUUCUUUUUCUCCGCCGCCGCUGCCGCCUGGAAGGGAGCGAGGCGCUCUUGCUUCCGCCGCUCAGGCUGCCGCUGCGGGCGCUCUUGCCCCGCGGGCGGGCGGCCUGCAGGGGGCGCUGCCGUGAAGACGGGUGCAGGCGGGGGCCAUGCCUGCCGUCAGCCUGUUGCCGCUCUUCGGCAGCCCCUCGGGGCCGGGCGCCUUGGGCGUCUCCUUAGGCGGUGGGGCCCCCGGCGGGGCGCGGAAAGCCCCGGGUCCUAGCGCCUUCCGCCUGACGGAGAAGUUCGUCCUGCUCCUCGUCUUCAGCGCCUUCAUCACGCUCUGCUUCGGGGCCAUCUUCUUCCUGCCGGACUCGCCUAAGCUCCUCAGCGGCGUCUUUUUCCACUCCGCCACCCAGCAGCAGCAGCAGCACCACCCUCCGCCUUUGCCCCCGUUGUCGCCCGCGGAAGGCAGCCUCAGCAGCAGCAGCAGCAGCAGCGGCAGCGAUGCCCUGAGCGGCGCGGCCAACUUGGCCAAGAUCCGCGAGGACCACGAGCGCGCGCUGCGGGAGGCCAAAGAGACCCUCCAGAAGCAGCCCGACGAGAUCCGCAGCGACAUCCACCGGGACAAGGAGAAGUUCCUCCUCCUCCAGGACCGGCUGGGCAGGAGGAGCGGGGCCGCGGCCAGGGACGGCCUGCCCGAGCUGCCCUUCCGCAAACCCGUGGGCGCCGUGGGAGGGGAGCCGCCCGACCCCGCCACCCGACAGAAGAGGGCCAAGAUCAAGGAGAUGAUGAAACACGCCUGGGAUAAUUAUAAACAUUACGCAUGGGGAUUAAAUGAACUGAAACCCAUAUCAAAACAAGGACACUCAAGCAAUUUAUUUGGUAAUAUUCAAGGAGCAACAAUUGUUGAUGCCUUGGACACACUAUAUAUCAUGGAAAUGAAAGAUGAAUUUAAAGAAGCCAAAGAAUGGGUGGAGAAAAAUCUUGAUUUCAAUGUGAAUGCAGAAGUCUCUGUUUUUGAAGUGAACAUUCGUUUUGUUGGUGGGCUGCUUUCAGCAUAUUAUCUUUCUGGAGAAGAGAUAUUUCGAACGAAAGCAGUGGAACUAGGAGAGAAGCUGCUUCCAGCCUUUAACACUCCCACAGGAAUUCCUUGGGCAUUACUAAAUAUCAAAAGUGGCAUUGGUCGAAACUGGCCUUGGGCCUCAGGAGGAAGCAGCAUUUUAGCAGAAUUUGGAACACUACAUUUGGAAUUUAUACAUUUAAGCUAUUUGUCUGGAAACCCGGUGUUUGCUGAAAAGGUUAUGAACAUUCGGAAAGUUCUAAACCGGUUGGAUAAACCAGAAGGUCUUUACCCUAACUAUCUAAAUCCCAAUAGUGGCCAGUGGGGUCAACAUCAUGUCUCCAUUGGGGGACUUGGAGAUAGCUUUUAUGAAUAUUUGCUUAAGGCAUGGCUGAUGUCAGAUAAGACAGAUGAAGAAGGCAAGCAAAUGUAUUAUGAUGCUGUUCAGUCUAUUGACACCCAUCUAAUCAGGAAGUCUAGCACUGGUCUGAUGUACAUUGCUGAAUGGAAGGGUGGCCUCCUUGAACACAAAAUGGGCCACCUUACUUGUUUUGCUGGAGGAAUGUUUGUUCUGGGUGCAGAUGGAGCACCAGCUGAUAAAACUGGACGUCACGUUGAACUUGGUGCUGAAAUUGCCCGCACAUGUCAUGAAUCCUAUGAUCGCACAAGCAUGAAGCUGGGACCAGAAGCCUUCAGGUUUGAUGGUGGAGUUGAAGCAAUUGCUACCAGACAAAAUGAAAAAUACUAUAUCUUGCGUCCUGAAGUUAUAGAAACUUACAUGUACAUGUGGCGAUUUACCCAUGACCCAAAGUAUCGUGAGUGGGGCUGGGAAGCUGUAGAGGCAUUGGAACAAUACUGCAGAGUAGAUGGUGGUUAUUCCGGUGUCAAAGAUGUAUACAGCAACCAGCAAAGCCAUGAUGAUGUACAGCAAAGUUUCUUCCUUUCAGAAACGCUCAAGUACCUGUACUUACUGUUCUCUGAAGAUGAUCUCCUGCCAUUUGAACACUGGGUCUUUAACACUGAGGCACACCCUCUUCCAGUCCUAACAACAGAAGAAGGGCAAAAAGGCAAAGGCAAAUAAUACUGAAUUUUGUUUUGGGCACAUGAUAAUUAUUAAUAUUCCAGAGACAUCACUUUAAACCAUUUUUGCAGUCUGCUGUCAACUCAUACAAUAUUUGUCAAGGGACCUAUAAUCAUGAAUUAUAAUUAAUCUUAUUUAUGUUUUAAUAGAAAAAGUAACUUGUCAUCUCUAGAUUUUGUGAGGCCACAGUGUGCAUUCAGCUGAAUAGAAUAUGGAGGUCAGCAUGUUACUUGUUUUCUGUUUUAUUUUUGACUGCAAAAUUCUAUCCUCCUCUGUGAGGAGAUGUCUGCUUUAAGCUGUAAUACUUUGCUGUGUUGCAAAAAGCCAUAAAGAAUUAAGUAUGAAGAGCUUUUUCUUUUUUAAAAAUCUGUGUUAAUGUGGUUUGUCUGAUCACUAGAGACAAAUCUAACUGUGACAGCCUCUUCUGAUGCGGGUCUAUCAUUAAUUGGUAAUUUGAAUACUUUAGAAGGUGUACAUUCAUGGAAAAUACAUAAGAAUAUUUUCAUUUCAUCUGUGCAUGCUGUUAUGUUGAAUUGUGACUCAUCUUAAAGGGCAAAGUCUGAAUUUUGAAUCCCUUUCCAAAUAUAUUCUUUGUGAAUAUUUCGAAAAUCAAAUCUAACCAUGGAUAACUUGGGUACCCAGUUUUUUUCUGUACCUCUGUCUAGUUUCACAAGCAGCGGUAAAACCAAGAGCAUGGAAGCUGCCAUCUGUGCAUAGCUUCAGACUGAAAUUCUAAAGGUCUUAAACUGAAUUUGCACAGGAAUGCAAAAAUUGUAUCUCUUUCAAACUGGCAAUACUGUAUUCGAGGUGGGUUGGUCUAGUGUGUGUUUUGAAACUUUUCCUGUUUAAAGUUUUAGACAAGCUAGCCACAUAAGUUUGUUAUUGCAGUUUCAACAUUCCAGCUAGCAUUAAGUGCAAUCGAAAUAGAUAACAGGAAAACAAAAGAAAAACUCAUUUCAAAAGUAGCAUGUUUCAGAAAGCGAAAUUCUAAGUUUUAAUUCACUUUUUGGGGGAGACUAAAGCUGACCCCACUACUUCUCAAAGUGCUUGAUUUAAAAAAACUAAUCAGUGUCCUUCUUAAUAAAAAUGACAUAAUAAAUAUUGGUUGCUAAGGGACAGUUUUGUUGUGAAGCAGCUCUUGUCUGCUUCUGCCAACAGAAUUGCCUACAUGACUGAAAUUAAGAUUAAAAUAUUACUUUAAUGCAGUAUUGGUACUUGCUUGAGAGAAAUCUUUUACACAUUUUGAAGAACUCAUGGGAUUGGGGAGAUAAAUUGUACAGAAAUUUAAGGCAAGUGGUUGCUUUCUGUUCAGGCUUACAUCAUUAGUUGUGUACAUAGCUUUGAACAACAUUUAGCUAGAAGAAUAAGUCAACUUCCUCGCCCUGUUUUAUCUACUGCUGCCAUUUUUAUGCUGUCAAAAAUGCUAUCCUCCUCCUCAUACCAGCUUCUUGAUAUGGAGCAUAAAAUAAGUGAUCCCAGAGACAAAGUAAUGACCAUAUCUGGUCUACAUCCCUUUUCCAAGUGCUUUUUAGCCUCAUUGCAUGAUUCUGCAUUUCAGUAUAAUAGCAAACAAUAACCAUACUGCAAUUAUAUUUCAAACAAGCUUACAACAUAAUGGUUUCAUUUGCAAAGAUCCACAACACUGCAUACAGAAUCAGGCCAUAGGAAUGACACUUAACAGUGUGUGAUCUGGCAGUUUGAAUGGUGAGAACACAUAAGCAAUAAUUUUAACCUUCCCCCACCCAAGAUUUUUCCUGCCCCCUGUUUUGUGCCUCUCCAUGCCAAAUCACAUCAUAAGUUCUUAAUCAGCCUCAAGGUUUCAAAGGGAUCAGUUAGGAAGAUUUGUGAAUGAAUGAUGUGAGGAAUGAGAUGACAUAGGACUUCACUAAGGACCUCAUCACAAAGGCCCAUGGAUUUGCCACACAACGUGGUGAAUCCUUGGGCUCCUGUUGGGUAUAGAGAAGCCGUCACUCCAUGCCCUGGACAACUUUCCUCCAUUGCUGGUAAAGCAACACGGCAAGGCUCCCAUGUUGCCGCAGCACAGGCAUAUGUCACUUGCUCUCUCUUUCCAGAUGGAACCCACCUGGAAGUACACGUGCACCAUGUAAUGGGCUCCAUCCUGAAAGAGGAGAACAAUGGGGAAAGUACCCUAUCGGAUGAAGAUAGUAGCUCUUCACUGCUAUUUAUACUAAAGUCAUAAUUUCAUUAUAAUUGGGUAUGAUGAUUUCUUGUGUUCAGUUUUUGCAUUCUGUGUUUGAUUUUUUUUAACAAAAUGAAAAAGCCUUUUGAAAGCAUGAUGUUAGAAACAAUACUGUGGUAAAUAUUUAUCUGAAUCUUAUUUCACUGGUUCUUCUGAGAUAAGUAUGUCUUUGUACUGUAUUUAACCAUCCUUUUUCUCAUUUGGAAGUGUUAGGAAGAGUUUAAUUCUAAAUACUCAUUCCUAUAGAUGUGACUGAAGAAAGCCAAAUGUAAUUUGAUUUUUAUCUUUUUCCAUAAAUAACCCAUCUCUAGCUCACUUUUUAAAAUACUAAAUCAUAGUUGUACUUGGGCACUAAGGCAUCUACUGCUCACAGUAAUAGGUUGUCCAACAAAGUGUGCAUUCUGUCAUAUCACCGGCAGCACUGCACUACUGUGUACACAAUUAAAAUAACAGUAAUUACAAUUAAAUUAAACACCUCGAUGUUUCGAGUCAGUACUCUGUUAUCACACAGCCUGCCAUGUUACAAGAAAAAUCAGUGAUAUGUUAUUGCAAGAGAAGAUAAGUUUAGGAUGCCCACUGCAGUACAGGUUUUCUAGUCUUGGAACUCAGAAUUAUGUAACUCGGAACGAUUAACUAUCUUGUUUUCAGAAUUCACUCAUGUUUCAAAAGAAAAUGCAGGGCAGCAAUUACUUGAAUGGGCUAACCAUGUGCCGUGCUCUUUUAGAACAUUGCAAUCUGUGCAGUAUCUUUAAUUCAAUGAAGAUAGUUAGUGUCAAUUUGCAACGCUUAAGAGUGAAGCUCCACUCUAACUCUCUUUGCCCUAAAUCCAACAUUGUGUUGAUACUGGAACUGUAGCAUUACAUAAUUUCCUUCCCUUUUUCCACCCCCUCCACCUCUCCCCCCCCCCCCAAAAAAACCCAGGCUCUUGAGUUUCUCAGUCUUCAAACGGCGAUGUUAAGAGUGUGCAGGGGACUGCUAUUGAGAACAGGGAUUGCCCUGUUCUGCUUUCAUUCUGUUUAGAGGUGAUGCCAGCAUUUGUGUAGCAUUGAAUGUUGCUCUUGGGAGCUACCAUUGCCAUUAGACUGUGAUGCUGAUCCCCAAAUUCUCUUCCAUGCACAAUAAAUCCGCAACAUUCCUCACAGUUCUACCUCAGGGCCCCAAAACCCAUCCUUCCUUUAUUUUGACCCUUGCUAGCAACAUCUAUUUAGAAGAGCAUGAAUAACCUAAACUUUGUGGGAGAUCUACCAGAUCUUCUAGUGUGCGAGAACAGAUCUCAAUCUAAAGAGCAUAAUGUCCUGUCCAAAUAUUUGAAUUUUUCAAAAAUACCAACAGAAAGAGAUCCUUGUUUAUCCAACAUGAUUUUCAGUUCUCUUAAAUAAUAGCCCAUUUUUGCCUUAUACCUAAAGUCCUUCAAGCCUCUAUUUUGGAGGCACUGGAUUUCACCCAUUUUCUGUGCCAAUCAAGUGCUUCUCCUUGCACGUAAAUCUAGAACAUUUCAUUUUAAAAUAAUUAUUCUGUAGAUAUUUAUUUCAUCUGUACAUGCCUACUUACAUUGAAAGAAAAUGUUCAGUACAUCAGGUAAAUUGUAUCUAGGCCACUACCUAAAAUAUUUUCAUCAUUUACUAUACAUUCCAUACAAACAGAGACCAUUGGACUGAAGUAGCCUCUGGAGGGAAAUCUGGCCUUUCAGUGUCUAUCCUGCUCAGCACUUUCACAUCCAUAUAAUAGCCUAGUUUGGUUGAGUAAAGAACAACGAAAUACAAAACAAACUCUCAAUUUGAUGAAAGUAGGAUUAUUCUGACCUCAUGCUCUAAGGAAGGGUAUUCUACACCCAGAAGAUCUGUUUUCCUGAGAUGUGCUUAUAGAGCCCUUUAAAGGGGGAAUACCCAAACCUAUCUAAUGGUAGAAAUGUAGGCAUACUUCACACUCAUAUUGCCUGAUGGAUUCUCCCCACCUACUGUAUUUUUGGUGAUGUUAGGCAUUGAUGUGCUGCUGCCAAAAUGUGCAAGUUCCCAUUUUGGGAAACCUAGUUAUUCUGCCCCGGUGGUAUUUCUGUACUUGUCACUAUAAAUACUGGAAGAUAAUUAUGAAUGUAGCAGGAAUUGUACUAGUCAUUUUGCUCCUCGCCACUCCCUUAGAAGUAAUUCACAUAAACAGGUGCAAUCUAUUAAAAGGCAUCAACAUACGUUUUCAUCAGCUUCAUAUUUUCUCUUGACUGGAAAUUGUGAUUAUGAUCUUUUCUUCAUGGGUAUUAUUAUUUGAAAGAGCACAAAGUUUCUAUGGUUCUAUAACAUACAGUAAUCAGGUUGUAUGUAUAAGCUGCACUAUAAUGUACCUUUUUUGUAAAGUGAUGUAAGUAGACAAGAAGAUUGUAUACCCUUAGAACUGCUAAAGUAAAAGAGAAACAAGUUUUAUAUCUUCAAAAGUAGUUUAACCCAAGAACACCAAAGUAUAAAACUUCAGAGUGAUCACCGUUUCAAGACUACAAUCCUGAGAUUAUUUACAACGAUGUAAAUGGUUUCAGAAUUAUGUUUUAGUGUUUAUGAAUGAUUGUCAUACAAACACCCUGGGGGGAAAUCUGUUACCUUGUACAUUUAAAUAACUAUGGGGUGACUGAUUAAAUGCUAACCACUGUAUAUGUAUUUUAGAAUUAAGACAAAAAUUGUUUUUAAAAGGUCUGUUCCUGUUUAGACAAUGUCUAAACUUCCAUUGCUCUUCAUCAUAUCACAGUGCAGUAGUUUCAAUAUCUAUUCAGUCUUGAAAAUUACUAAAAUAUCAUGUGUUGUAUGACAGCUCUAUGAUCCCCAAAUGACACCGUGUUGAUAUGGUAUACUUCUCAUGCCCUCAUUUUGUGUAAUUAAAAUCUUCUUUUAAUUUGUGCAUAUCUCACUUUGUCCUUUUCCACCUUUAUAGAAAUCUCUGAAGUUAUAAAAGAUCAAAUGUUUAAUUUUUAAGAACUAUAUUUGUAAAAAAAAAUCUAUUGUGAAUAAAGCUUUUUAAUACAC